AACAGUCCCAGGCCGCCCACCUGCCUCUCAUCAGCCCAGCCACAACCAAAUCUCCAACCCAAACGAACAGACACUAUGGUUGACUCCUGGAGCCCUGGCACAGCCUACAGCUACGGCGCCAUCGUCGAAUUCGAAGGUGCCAAGUACAAGAUUAUCCAACCCCACACUUCGCAAUCCGACUGGCUGCCGCCCAACACGCCUGCGCUCUGGGGACGUGUCCCCGACGGCGAACAUCAUGAACAGCAGCAGCAGCCGACCCCGCCGCAGUACUCCUACGGCGGACAGCAAGGCGGCUACUCCGAUCAAAAGCCGUACGAGUCGCACCCCGACCAGAAAGUCGAUAUCCCGCACGAGGAGCACAAGAAGAAAUGGUGGGAUCUCAGCGAUGAGCGCAAGAAGCAACUUGAGCUUGGCGGUGGGCUCUUGGCAGGCGCCGCCAUCCUCGGCGGAGGCUACCUCGCGUACCACGAGCACGAGAAGAACGAAGAAGAGAAAAAGGCGCUCACAUGGGAGCUCCAAAACUGGCUGCGCGACGCGCAGACGCGCACGGACGACUUCCGGGCGCACGGCCCGCGCGGCCCGACGACGUGGGUGCUCACUGAGGGCCACAACAUUCCCGAUGGCGCGAUCGUCGGUGGGACCGACAACGGGAGCCCAUUGUACAUCGCGCGGGCGUUCGUCGAGGGCGGGCUCCAGGUCGGGAAGGCGGGCCGCGGGCUCUCGAAGGGCGCGUCGGUCGGCUACAAGCAUAAAGAGUACGAGGUCAACAAAUACGAGAUUCUCCUCGGCGAUCCCCGCGCCGUGCGCUGGGUCGACGCCAAAGGCGCGCUGCACCUUGACCGAUUGAAUGCGCGCCCCGUCGAGGGUGGGCGCGAGCCGGACGGCACACCGCAAUACAUCGCGCAAGCGGAGCACGGCGGAGGAACUCACCCGGGCAAGGCCGCGACGAUAUUCGAGGGCGCGUUCGUCCCGUAUGGCGGUAAAGAGAAGAAAGAGGAGCAUUAUCGCGUUUUGUGUUAUAACUGAAGAAGAGUCCGUCUGCGAGAUUUGUGUUGGACGUGGCGCAUUGUAACAAUCUGUUCUGAUGUACGAUCAAUCAAUGUACUGUGACCUGUCUCAUUACUGAAUAAACGACCGCUCUGGUCGUGUCUGUAGAAUACAAUCCCAAUAAGCAAGAUGCCGAAAA